AUGGUGGGUUCGUGCCAGCACAUCCGCACCGACCUGACUGAGUGCAUCCUCAAGAGCGACUGCUUUACGAAACACGGCAACUCGGCGCAAGAAUGCAUCCAGUCGCACAUGGCCGAAUUGCCAUUGGAGUGCCAGCAGCUGUACAAGAGCUUUGUCGAGUGCCGACGCGGGAUGUUGGAUAUGAGGAAGAGGUUUAGGGGUAACGCUCCACCAACAGCGGGGGCCAACAAUGCCACGGGAGGGACCAGUCAGGUCGAUGCAGCUGGCACAGGAUCGACUGGGUCGUCACGAUAG